AUGUACAUUCCAGCAAAAUAUCUCGAAAAAGAUUGGGCGGUUCAAGAGGAAUUGAUUAGGUCCAACCCUCUAGGCACCAUUAUCACAUAUGGUGAAGAUGGCUUGGUUGCAAACCACAUUCCGUUCUUCUUGUCUGUGGAUGAAGAAACAGGCGUCAAGUAUUUGCAGGCACACGUUGCCAAGGUGAACCCCCAACUACCAGCUUUGAAGAAGGAAGGUACGGAAAUUCUUGUAAUUUUCAAGGCCUCCGACUCGUACAUCACUCCUUCAUACUACGCUACCAAGGAGGAGACACACAAGGUGGUUCCUACCUGGGAUUUCGGGGCAGUUCACUGUUAUGGCAAGGUCAGAGUCAUCGAUGAUGGUGAGUGGGUUCGUAAGCAGCUAGACCACCUUACGGGCCAACAAGAAAAGAACAGGACUAAGUCUUGGGCUGUCGAUGAGGCGCCCAAAAGCUACGUUGAUCUACUGCAGAAGUCGAUCUGCGGCAUCGAGAUCAAGAUUACCCGAAUUGAAAGCAAGUUCAAGUACGAGCAGAAGAUGAAGAGACAGGACAUUGACGGGGUUAUCAAAGGGCUAGCCCUCGAUAACAAGCAUGAGGUGUCUAAGCUUGUUGACAAGUGUAACCCAACGGCUUGA